AUGGUCAACUUCUUGUAUUCUACGCUCGCAAUCAGCGCCCUCACUAAUGUCGCCUCAGCACAUGGAUUCUUACAGACAGUAAUAGUCAACGGCAUCAACUAUACAGGGUGGCAGGUUUUUUCCGACCCAUUCGUUACCCCUAUUCCAACAAGAUAUACCCGACGUUAUCAAAACAACGGACCAGUUCCUGACUUUACGACCAAGAACAUCACUUGUAACGUCGGGUCGAACGAUGGCAGCAUAGUUCCCAAUAUUCCGGUACAACCGGGAGAUAAGAUUAAACUUCAGUGGGAUCAGUGGGGUUCCAGUCAUUCUGGUCCCGUUAUGAACUACCUUGCGAAAUGCACAGGUAGCUGCAAGUCUUUCAAAGGUGACAGCGGCAAUGUCUGGGUAAAGAUCGAUCAGAUGGCAUAUGACAAGUCGAAGAACCCGCCGUGGGGAUCUGAUAUGCUCGCCAAGCAAGGAGCUUCUUGGACGAUUACUGUGCCCCGUAAUCUUGCACCGGGAGAGUACGUGCUUCGGCACGAAAUAUUAGGCUUGCAUGUCGCAGGGCAAAGAAUGGGUGCACAAUUUUACCCAUCCUGUUCUCAAUUGACAGUGUCUGGGAGUGGAACUCAACAGCUCCCGUCUGGUGUUGCUUUGCCGGGGGCAUAUAAUCCUGACGAUACUAAAGGUGUACUAGUUCAGCUCUGGCAGGUUAAUGCAGGCCAAGUUGAGUAUGUUGCUCCAGGUGGAAGUGUCUGGUCUGGUGCAGCUCCGAACGUGAACGGCGCUUAAGUUCAUAACCUUUCCUGUUCUCCUUCACAGCGAUGGACA